UUCGAGGGACUUCCGCAAAUCUCGUCGGCUGGCGCUCGAGCCCGCGGAUUAUGAAAACUGCUACCAGUGAAAUAGCGAAAAAGUAGCACUAAAAUCUUAAAUUUUCCUUAAUUAUCCUGCUAGAAUUGGGCUAGUGUUGCACUGAGGCUACGGGAACGUUAAUUCGGAAUUGAGUCGGUGCCAGCUAUUUCGGAACCAAACAAAGCACGGUAGCGUUUGUUUGUGUUGGUAGUUAGCUAGCAGGCGGCUAGUUAGCCUGAUAGCAGAGGGGAGGUAACGUUACCUUGUCAACUAGCGUCAACUGAAACUGCUCUGCUCUUUAUCUGAAAGUGCAGGGCUCGUUAGCGGCUUUGAAACACAAGCCGCAGAGUCUCUUCCCACGGCUUGAGCUGGAUAACUCACAGCAAUGUCGCUGUCGACUGAGGCUCAUUUCGGGUUGAGCCAAAGCAGCAGAGGUAAAGGAGACACCAUUUGUGUGGUGCCCGACCUCAGCUCUGAUGUCCUGGAAGAUGACUUCGACCUAAAUAAGUCCUACCCAUGUACUCGGAGACCAAUGUACAAAAAGAGCCUUUUGGCACUGCAACGUCGUUAUUAUCCUGGCUCCUUGAGAGAUGAACGUUUUGAUGGUUGCACCUCCAUCGCAGCAAGAAACUGCCAGAUCUCUAGCUUACAUCCUUGCUCCCAGGUUUCUGCUGCCUCCCUGCCACACCUCUCCACUGUGCCUGAGUUGGAGGAAAGCUUGUUCAGUCAACUGUUCUCCGGAGAUUUCAGCCUACCAGGAUCUCCAUCUGCCUUCAACCCCAAUAAAGCCAUUCUGACUGUUGACCAUAAAACCAGAGAGAUUUUGUCAGCAAAUGAGCAAGCCUGCAAACUGUUUGAGUGCACCACCAGUGACCUAAUUGGAAAAAAUCUGUCCUGCAUCUUGAAGAAAACCACUCAGGUUCUGGAGGAAGCAUUGGAGCAAGAUUUUCCACUUGUUGAUGGAAGUGUUGCAGCUGUGUCUGGGAAAGUGGUGGAUGUUGUGACACCAUCUGGAGAGGUGCCAGUGUCAGUAUGUACCCACAGACAGUCACAAAAUGAAGAGAACUGGCUUGUCAUGAUGGAAAAUGUGGACCGGCUGUCAGCCUUUCUGUCCUUUUCACAAGAUGGCAGCAUUCUAACCUGUGACUCAGCAUUUGCACAAGUCCAUGGAUACUACCAUCCCGACGAGUUAAUAGGAGCGUCUGUUAAGGAACUAAUCCCUUCUUUACAAAUCCCCCUCCGCAGUAAUGCAUUGCCCAAAAUGCUAAGGGUUCAGAGAGUGUGUGGUAAAAGCAGAAGUGGUGCCUCAGUCCCACUGUGUAUCAAACUUCAGGGGGAAGUGGUAUGUGGGAGGCCCCAACACCUAUGGGACAACAAUGGGACUGGUUGCACCUGCCCAACAGAGAGUCUUGAAAGAUCAGAUUCACAGGACACACAGCCACACUCUCCUCUCACCUCCUCUGUUUGUGAGUCAGGGGGCUCAAACCCUGAACACUGUGACCAGCCUCAUGGAGCACGGCAUUCCUCUGAAGUCAAAGGGGAUGGCAUCGUCCUCCCCCAGAGUCCUUCACUAGAGUACUCUGGAACAGUGUGGGUGCUUGCUCCUCUGAGCGGUCUCCUCCUGCUUCACCCUGAUGGCUCAAUCUACAGCAUCCGCAACCACCUGGCUCUCAGUCUGUUUGGCUACAACAUGGACGAGCUGCUGAGAAAGAGUGUUACGUUUUUGAUGCCUGGUUUCUAUGGAUGGAUGUCGGACUCGGACAGAAAAUCCAGCUCUUUCUCUGAAUUUCAUGCAGAGGCUACUAAAAGUACAGCAUCAUCCAAAAUAUCAAAAUGUGACCCUUCCUCACUCGUGGCUGGUGAUAUGGCCACAGUGCAUAAUGCUGUCCAGCGAAGAACCUCCGCAGGGAGAGGAAGGAUCUUCACAGGAACCUGCACCAGGCUGGAGAAACCCAGCAGCGCUUUGUCUACCCUUUGUCCCCCUGCUGUCUCCUCUACUCGUGUGGUUAUGGAGGAUGACACUACAGAGCUGAUGGAAGAGGCAGCCCAGGUUGCUCCCUGCAGCAGCCAGCUGGACAGCGCAGACACCACUCAGGCACUCCUCAAGACAUUUGCCUGGGUGGAACCUCCAGAAGAAAACACCUAUAGCCUGAUUACCACUGGACCACCACAAGAUUCUCAAGACCAGCAGCAUAGCUACACUCAGCAUGGAAAUGCUGCCAGCAGGGUGGGUGGUAACUCUCCAGAUGUAGGCAAAGACCGCCGCUUAUCUGCCACUGUCCUCCAAGACUCUAGCUUUGAGGUCAUCUCACUGGAAAGCAGGUCCUCCUCUGGCUUCUGUGAAAAGUUUGCUGGUAAUGGUGGUUCUGAUCCAGGCCAGACUGAGGACUCUCGCUCAGCACACAUAGUGGAUUCCGCCAGCUGUUUCCUAGACCUUAACAGCAACGGUGAUGUGGUGAUCCACGCCCUGGCAGACCUGGAUCUGAACAGUAGUAUAGAGCUGCUUGGCAGUGGAGGGCACAGUGAUGAUAACCAACACUCCAUGAUAUCCUGCGAUACAGAUGAGCUCCUGCGUACACCCUCUCCUUGUUUGGUAGAGUCUGACCAUGAAGCGGAACCUUUUGAGGCUGGGAACACUGGUGCUGGUGUAGAGGCCAGCAACCCCUCAAGUGGAGAGCAACUACAGAAAGGACAGGUCGAGAAGGAUCAGUCAGCAACUAUGUCUACGAUUCAUAAAGAAAACAGCCAAGGGUUCUGCAUACAAGUGAACGAUGGGAUUCAGUCAACGGCAGACAUUCCUGCCACAUCCACUCCAAAGAAACAGAAGGUGAAUGGACACUCCAAUAAUACACAAAUCCUGGAGGGGCGAUACAUACGAAACGCAUACCGCAGAGAUGGCACAAGAGUAGAUUUGCAGUGUGAUGUGCACAGGACUGACCUCCUUGAUGGAAGUUCUCUGUACUGUGUGUGGAUGAGUCGGCCGGGCCAGCAGGGUACUCUGUUGCAGACAGAUCGAUCACUGCACAACCAAUCAGGAGCCAGUCUGGGAGAGAGGAUUUUUGAAGCCAGCCAUGGGGAAGCGCUACGCUCCACCAUGGACCUGGAGCAGUCUCAAGCCUGUGACGGGCAGUUUGAGGAAGAAUACCAGCCUCUUAAAGCUGUGGGGAAAGGAGCCUUUGGUUUUGUCUGGAAGGCAGUAAGGCGCAGUGAUGGAGAAGAAGUGGUGGUGAAGUUUAUUAGCAAGGUCAGGAUAGUGAAUGACUGCUGGGUUGAUGACCCCAUGCUGGGACGAGUCAGCCAGGAGAUCGCCAUACUGACAAGAGUACAGCACCACAACAUAGUCAAGGUGCUGGAGGUGUUCGAGAAUGGGAGUUACUUCCAGAUGGUGAUGGAGAAACAUGGAGAUGGCGUGGACCUUUUUGAAUUCAUAGACAUGCAACCGAGGCUGGAUGAGCCCCUGGCUAGCUACAUCUUCAGACAGCUUGUCGCCGCUGUCUUCUAUCUGAGGUCUAAGAACAUCCUUCACAGGGACAUAAAAGAUGAGAACAUCAUCAUCGACAAAUGUUUCCACAUUCGACUGAUAGAUUUUGGCUCUGCUGCCGUGAUGACACCCAGCAAGGUCUUUUACAAUUUCUGUGGUACUCUGGAGUACUGCUCCCCGGAGGUGCUUCGAGGAAAUCCCUAUGAGGGUCCGGAGCUGGAGAUGUGGUCUCUUGGUGUGUUGCUCUACACUCUGCUGUUCAGUGAGAACCCUUUCUGUGGCGUGGAGGAGAUUCUGGAGGCCAAACUAAAGCCCCCAUUCCCCCUCUCUGAAGACCUGCAGGGUGUGUUAUGUGGGCUGCUGCAGCCUGAUCCCGCUCAGAGAAUGACUCUGGACCAGCUGCUCUUGCAGUCCUGGAUCAGCCAGCCCAUUUCUCUGGCAGACUACAGCUGGACAGAAGUUGUCCCUGCGACUCAGAACUACUGCUCACCACAGUACCAGGAACCUAGUCCUAAACUCUACAUUGGGCAAGGUUUGUUCCCGGAUCAAGGUGAUGAAACUCUUCCUGAUGAUGAGGAGGAGGAAGAAGAUGAGGAUGACAGGUUGUCGAUGGUGGCCCUGGAAACAGAGCUUCAGAAGUACCUCCAUGAGGACUGAAGACUGAACUUAAAGGGAGUGCAGCUGAAACAGCUGCCCAACAGUUAGACUGCAACAGUGCAAAGAGGACAUGAAGUGCAAAAUAAGAAAAGGGUAGCUUGUGUUUGUCUAGAUAGUAGUGACAGGUGGACUUUGCCUUUUUAAGUACACACAGUGUGUAUGUAAUGAAUGUCAUUGUCAAGCUUUUGUUGGUCAAAAUGUGCCUGUUGAUACAGUUGUGAUUUCGGGGCCAGCACAAGAAGGCAAAGCCAUCAUGAUGUACCAGCAGUUUGUUUUUCUUUUUUCUUUGUUUUAUUUAUUCUUAGGUUUUUGGGUAAAAGUUGAAGCAUUAAAAUCAGAAAUGCAUCGCCAAGAAAGCCAAUAAGUGACCACAGCCUGGCGUUGUUUCCCUCAGAGACACUACACAGAGUAAUUUGAUUGAAGCUGAAGGAAAUGUGUUGAUCCAGCUUGUAUUUCAUGCGUUUGUCUUUUUCUGUUCAUGAUUUUAAUCUCGAGUCUUUUAAUUAGAAACUGUAAGUAUAUUUACAAUAUUUUAUCUAUUUAUUUUUACACUUGAAUAAAUAUUUUAACACAAAUAUUUUUCACUUUAUAUUGUACUUUUCAAUGUGAUGAUUAAAGAAUUGUGUAAUCAGAAGUUUAGCAAAUUGUUUGUCAUGCAAACAUUGUAAGUUUAUUUGAAUUUCAUAUUCUGUAUGCAGCCAGUAAACACAGAAAAUCAUUAAAUGGCACUGCAAUCAA